CUAGUCCGCAAGUGUUGGUAAACAUUGCAAGAAAUGGCAGCUGUGAAGCUCGACGAGGCGCAAUUCUGGCAGUCCAUAGAAAUAUUAAUAAAAAACUAUCAUGCGUUGAAUAAAAAAAUAUUCGAUGUGCUUAUAACACAGGUGCAAAAGCUGCAGCAGGGUAAACUAUAUGAAUCUACGGAGGCUGAGCUGGAGCAGCAGCUGCAAACUAAUGCUAAUGAAAGAACAUGUGAGGGUUUUAGGAUUGGCUACAAGAUGCUGACCAAAAAGUUGGCCACAAAUAUUUUGGCCAAUGGAACAGUGGAUUUUGGCAAGCAAAGCUAUGAAUGCCAUUUCCUGGGGGAUGCCGGUUUUGAUGAUUUCUCCGUCAAUUUAAUUGGUGACCAGCUGGAAGCGGUUACGCUGCCGCAUCGACUGGAAUUGGAGAUCGGCGAGCAAAGCUCUCGCUGGGUGCAGUUUGUGCUAAAGCCUAAGCUAUACAACUGGUCGCAGAGCAAGCGGGACGAAAGCGCACAGAAAUCGUUGCGUUUAUUGGAUGUGGAAAUGUACAGCGAACUGUACAAAAAACUCAAGCAAAAGCACGCGCAGCGUCUGCUGCAGUGCUGGCAAACGGCAAACGAAUCGACAGAUCCGUUAAAGUUUAUAUACGAGGAUUUAGCCAUUGCCGCAUACCUAAUCACUCUGUGGAACUGCACACAGUCGCAGCCUACAGCAUUUGCUGACUUGGGCUGUGGCAAUGGGCUGCUCGUCCAUGUGCUCAAUGCGGAGGGGUACAAGGGAUACGGCUACGAUGUGCGCAGGCGUAAACUGUGGUCACUUUAUCCGGCGCAAACGAAUGCGAGUCUCAUUGAGCAAACUGUGGAACCAAAUAGCUUUUCUUUGGAUUAUCCGGACAUUGACUGGCUAAUAGGCAAUCAUUCCGAUGAGCUGUCACCCUGGUUGCCAGUGUUGGCAGCGCGCCUGAAAACCAGUUAUUUUUUGCUGCCGUGCUGUCCGUUUGAGCUGUCCGGCGCCAAGUUUCAGCGGCGCAACACUAGCAUCAGCGCUUAUCAGGAUUUUCUGAUAUAUGCACGACAAAUUUCGGAUAAGUGUGGCUUUGAAACGCUGCAGGAUCGGCUGAAGAUACCAAGCACCAAACGCUUAGCUUUAAUUGGCUUAAGGCACACAGUAAAAGUGACCCAGUGCCUGGAACAUUUUGUGCAGCAAGAGCUGCAAAAGCAUAAAGCGAGCGUGGAAAGCGCGGCGAAUUCAGUAAAGCUGCGCGAGAAAGCAGAGAGCGUGAGAAAUUGCACGCAAGUGGAAAAGAGCAUAAUUGACGCGUUAGUUUUGAAAAUCUUUUGCAUGUUGUUGCCCAAUACAAAUACAUAUAUGAAUAACGAUUGGCUGCCAGGACAACAGUUGACAAUGCGUGACAUAGCUCAGGGCCUCACCAAAGCAGAGCUUAGCGGCAUCAAGUCCGAGUGCGGCGGUAUUAAAACACUGCUGCGAAAUAAGCACGAAGUCUUUGAGUUUUGCGGCGAAGAUCGUAUUGGCAUACGUAAGCCCAAAGCUAAUGCGGCGGCGACUGAAAGCACCGCAAAACAGGUAACGACUAAGAAACGACCCUGUUUCUUUAAGCUACACCAUCCUCAGGGCUGUCCGUUAAAAGGUAGCGACUGCUCCUUUAUACAUUAAUUGUAAAUCUUCGUCAUUAAAAUCAAAUUUAAAAAAUCAUA